GCCCGGAUCUUUUCUCACAGCCGCCAUUUUGCUUCUGUGGCCGCGUCGCCUGCUUCCCCCCCUUUUCCCGCUCGCGCUCUUUCUUUGACCGGUUUUGUGGUCCUUCUCGGCCUCCCCCUCCCCAGUUCCCUGUCUCCGCUAUGGAGGACAACACCGACUACGGGAGUAGCAACAACAACAACGCUGCCGGCUCCGGCAGCGGCCAGGAAGACUUCGCCGAAGGCUCCAAGAUCAACGCCAGCAAGAACCAGCAGGAUGAUGGCAAAAUGUUUAUUGGAGGCCUGAGCUGGGAUACAAGCAAGAAGGACUUGACUGAAUACUUGUCUCGUUUUGGAGAAGUAGUGGACUGCACAAUUAAGACAGAUCCUGUCACGGGCCGGUCCAGAGGCUUUGGGUUUGUGCUUUUCAAAGAUGCUGCCAGUGUGGAGAAGGUAUUGGAACUGAAAGAACAUAAGCUGGAUGGCAAGUUAAUAGAUCCCAAAAGAGCAAAAGCUCUGAAGGGGAAAGAGCCACCCAAAAAAGUGUUUGUUGGUGGACUGAGUCCAGAUACAUCUGAGGAGCAAAUCAAAGAAUACUUUGGCGGCUUUGGAGAGAUUGAAAAUAUCGAGCUUCCCAUGGACACAAAGACAAACGAAAGGAGGGGUUUUUGUUUCAUCACAUACACAGAUGAAGAGCCAGUAAAGAAGUUGUUGGAAAGCAGAUACCAUCAGAUUGGUUCUGGCAAGUGCGAGAUCAAAGUAGCGCAGCCCAAAGAUGUGUAUAGACAGCAGCAGCAGCAACAGAAGGGAGGCAGAGGCACUUCGUCUGGUGGGCGUGGUGGUUCCCGAGGACGCGGCCGGGGUCAAGGCCAGAACUGGAACCAAGGCUACAAUAACUACUAUGAUCAAGGAUAUGGAAGUUACAACAGUCCUUACAGCGAUCAGAGCUACAGCAGCUAUGGCGGAUACGAUUAUUCUGGGUAUAACUACCCAAGUUACGGCUAUGGCCAGGGAUAUGCUGACUACAGUGGACAGCAAAGCACAUACGGAAAGGCAUCCCGAGGUGGCGGUAAUCACCAAAAUAACUACCAGCCAUAUUAAAGGAGCACUGGAGGAGAAACAGGUGGAGAUUCAACAACAAAGCCAUCUUGCGGAACAUCAGGACUCGACUUGGAGGGUGGUCUUCGUGACAUGAUUAUUUUGUAAAAGACUUUUAGUGUCCGACACAGCAGUGUCCAACUGUACAUAGUGGCCGACUAGUUUUCUUUAUGGUUUUUACUUUGUCCUUUUCGUCAUCCGUGUUUAUGAUGCAAACGUGGUUUUUGUGUUUAUACAAUUUUUAUUUGUAUAUUUUCAUGUUGACCGAUUCCCAAAUAAAAUGCUUCUGUGAUUGCUGCCUUCUGAAUUCAGACUGUGUUGCAGCAUGGUUAACGUUGGUGAGAAUUGGCUCAGCGUGCCGAACGUGGUGCGCCAAGUUACAGCUGAUGCUCGGAUGUACAGGGGGACGUUCCAUACGUGCGACAUUUCCUGGUUUUCGGCAUCCUGCACGGCAUUGCAGCAUGACUACUCGGUGCCCUGACUUUUAAUGGCAAUAUCACAAUGUGGUGAAGGAUUGAUUGCCUUGGUUUAGGACAGAAGCAAAUAAAUGUGCUUUGGUGCA